AUGUCACAAGGGAAAAAACGGUCAUACAAAGAAGCUUUUCUACAAUGGAGUUUUACUAAGUUUGUUGAUAAAAGUGUCGAGAAGCCUCAAUGUGUUCUGUGCAACAAAGUUCUCACAACAGAAAGUAUGAAACCAAGCAAAUUAAAAGAACAUUUUGAGAGAAGUCAUUCUCAGUUUGCAGAAAAAGAUAUUGCAUUUUUCAAACGUAAAGAAGAUGCGUUAAAAAAUGCACGUAUGGAUUCAUCCGGUUACUUUUUUCAGUCAACUGAAGCUGGUCUUGAAGCUUCAUAUUGCAUCGCUCUACGAAUUGCAAAAAACAAGAAACCUCAUACAAUUGGAGAAAAUCUCAUCAAACCGUGUAAACUAGAUGCAGUAAAACUUGUUCUUGGAGAGCAACAUUUUGAAAAGAUAAAUAAGAUAUCACUUUCUAACAACACUAUCGAAAAUCGUAUCGAGGAUAUGAGCAAAAAUAUUUUGGACACAGUGCUCAAUGAAAUAAAGUCAAGUCCUUUCUUCGCCUUACAGUUAGAUGAGUCGACCGACGUUGCAUCUUGUUCCCAGCUACUUGUCUAUGUUCGAUACAUAAAGGGUAACGACAUAAAAGAAGAAUACUUAUUCUCAGAAUCACUGAGUACUACUACACGCGGUGAAGAUGUUUUUCGGACAGUGAAAAAUUUUGUCGAUGAAAAUGAGCUGCAGUGGUCGAAGUUAAUAGGUGUCUGUACAGAUGGAGCACCAGCCAUGUUGGGCAUUCAUUCUGGUUUCCAAACAUUAAUGAAAGAAGUUGCUUCAUUUGCAUUAUUUAAUCACUGCAUUAUACACCGUUAUGCUUUGGCAAUGAAAACUCUUCCACCUGAUUUAAUGGACACAUUUACUCGUGUAGUGAAAAUUGUUAACUACAUCCAAAGCAGUGCGACAAAUACAAGAAUUUUUAAGGACUUAUGUAAUGAACUGGGAGGAAAAUUCGACGUCUUGUUGUUCCACACAGAGGUACGUUGGUUGUCGAGAGGCAAGGUGUUGCACCGAGUGCUUGAGCUCCGAGAAGAAAUUGCUUUAUUUCUAGAAAGGAAAAAAUCAGGGAAGGUAAAGGAGAAAGAUUUUCACGCUCAAAUAACAGAUAAUGUAUUUAUUUCUAAACUGGCAUAUCUUGCGGAUUUCUUCAAUGAAAUAAAUAUACUUAAUCUCUGUUUGCAAGGAAAUAUGACGAAUAUUUUAACUGCUCAAGAUAAGGUUGCCAGUUUUCUUCGUAAAUUGCAACUUUACCAACGCAGAAUUGAUGUCGAGGACAUUUCAAUGUUCCCAGAACUAACAAUGGUGCUCGACGAAAGAAAUGAAAAAUGUUCAUUCACAGACCAAAUUCGCUUAUUAUCAGUAGUAGAUUCAAUCGGUAAAUAUUUUCCAGAUUUAAAAAAUCGUCAAGUAAAUGCUUGGGUGCUAAGACCCUUUUCAGUGGAUGAAAAUGUAUUUCCAGAUACUGAAAUUGAAACCAAAUCACAAUUUUUAGGACUUCGUGAAGACAACACACAGAAAAUAGAUUUUGAAAACACACAACUAGCAACAUUUUGGCGAAAAAUUGGUGGCGAGUAUCCAUUAUUAUCAGAAAAAGCCUUGAAAAUACUGAUCCCUUUUUCCACAACGUACAGGUGUGAAAGUGGAUUUUCAACAAUGGUAACAAUGAAAACAAAAGCGAGAAACCGAUUAAACUUGGAACACGACCUAAGAUGUGCAUUGGCCGAAACUGAACCGAAUAUUAAAGAAAUUGUUAGAAAAAAGCAAUAUCAACCGUCUCAUUAA